CAUUUUACUUUGGCGCGGAUGACAACACACCUGGAUUAUUAAUUAGCAGAAGGCCUGUGACGCAAAGCCUCAUGUCCAAAUCGUAAAUCAUCGCCCUUUUCCGUAACUUCUCUCGCCUCCAGAGCCAGCGGUGCUGCUUACGUCGCCGCCGCCGCAGCAGCAGCAGCAGCAGCACCUCUCCGGCGGAGCUGAGGACGAAUGAUUAUGGCGUCCGUCAUUCCCAUUCUCUUGCAGUCCAUUUGAGUCUCUCGCCGAAGAAGCGAGCAAUACAAUGGAAGGACAUGUUUUUCCCGACCAAGAGCAGCUUUUACAGUUUCUGAGGAGGCUCAAAGAGGUUUUCGACGUGUGUGACGAGGAUGCUGAUGGCUUCAUCCGGGUGGAGCACUUGGUGGACCUCGGUCUUCAGUUCGGCCAAGGAGACGAGGUGAAGAAGUUCACCAGCUACCUGGAUCCAAAUGCUCAUGGGAAAAUCAACUUCAAAGAUUUUUGUCAUGGAGUGUUUGCUAUCAAAGGUUACGAGGAGAUACUGAAGAUGGCUAUGGGUCCCCACAGUGCUACCUCCAACCAGCCAUCUGUUACUGAUAAUGGAUACAUUUACCAGAAUGGUGAGACCAAGUUAGGGCCUCCUCUUAUCAUGUGUACGCGGCCCUACCCAGAAUGCAGCGUAUACAGUGAGGGUUGUGGUGCUGAUGGGGAGUGUGACAUGGACAGCAGCACUGAGAAUGCCAACAGUACUGUCUCUUUGAACCCAGCUCAACAAGACAGUAACCGGAUCAGCUCAGAGUCGGCGUCCGUCAUCUCUGGUGAGGAGCAGUUUGAGGACUACGGGGAAGGGGAGGAUGUGGAUUUCACUCCUAGCAGCCCCUGCCCUGAAGAUGACACUCGAACAAAUGGAUUCUCAGACCUGGGAUCCUCACUGCCCUCCAGUGCGGGCCAGACUCCUCAGAAGAUGCGGCAGCUGUGUAACAGCGAGCUGCUGGUCAUCUACUGUUCUCAGUGCUGCAAGAAAGUGAAUCUACUCAAUGACCUGGAGGCUCGACUUCGAAAUCUCAAGGCCAAUAGCCCUAAUAGAAAGAUUUCCAGCACAGCAUUUGGACGUCAGCUGUUCCAGGCCAACCACAGCGUGUUUGGGUCCAGUCAUGGCAGCAGCACAGAGGAUUUGUUCACAGACAGCAUUGACUCCUGUGACCUCGACAUCACAGAGAAAGUCAGUUAUCUGGAAAAGAAGGUGACAGAGUUGGAAGGCGAUAGUCUGGCCAACAGUGACCUGAAGUCUAAACUCAAACAGGAAAACACACAACUUGUCCACAGGGUCCAUGAGCUGGAAGAGCAGGUGAAGGAUGCAGAGGCGAAGGCAGAUCAGAGUUUGGAGGAGGAGACAAAGAGGCACCGGGAGGUGUACAGCAAGAUGGAAAGGGACAGGAACAUGCAGAUAGACCUGCUCUGUAACAGGCUACAUCAUUUAGAAGAAGAGAAUGGAGACAUGAAGUUAAACGUGUGCAAACUCAAGUCUCAGACAGAGAAGCUGGAUCAGGAGAAACAGAGGAUGACAGACAAGCUGGAGGACACUAGUCUGAGGCUGAAAGAUGAGAUGGACCUUUACAGGAAGAUAAUGGACAAGCUCUGGCAUAAUCGCCAUGAGUUUCAGAAAGAAAAAGAAGCCAUGCAGGAGCUCAUUGAUGAUCUGCGCCGGGAGCUGGAGUAUCUGCAGCUGUUUAAGCUGGAGAUGGAGCAUCCUGGGAAGGGCAAGGGGCUGUCUGAGUACAACGCCAAGACCAGGGAGAUUGAAAUGGAACAUGAAGUCAAGAGACUGAAACAGGAGAACCAUAAGCUCCGGGAUCAGAAUGACGACCUGAACGCUCAGAUCCUCAGUCUGAGUUUGUAUGAGGCUAAGAACCUGUUUGCGUGUCAUACUAAGGCCCAGUGUCUGGCAGCCGAGAUUGACAAUGCAUCCAGAGACGAGCUUGUAGAUGCUUUGAAGGGGCAGGAGGAGAUCAACCUGCGUCUGAGGCAGUACAUGGACAAAAUCAUUCUGGCCAUUCUCGACCAUAACCCCUCUAUUCUGGAGAUUAAGAGUUAAACACCACACACACACACACACACACACACACACACCUACAGUAUGUAUUAGUGUAGCUGUGGAGAUCUUUCAUUACCCAGCUAUUAGCACACACCUUAAAGUUGUAAUCCUUAGAAGUUCAGUCCUGGUUGAUUUGGCUUCUCCCCAGUUAUUGGUGGUUAACGCCAAGUGUAGUUUGACACCAGGUCCCAUCACUUUGGGGGCAGCAAACACUUAGAAUUGCUACUUUGUCAGAAAUCCAACUGAAAAGCAACUGGUUUGUCUGUCUACAGUGCAGCCAAAGAAACCCACCUUGUUCAAAUAAAGAAGACAGUCAAUAAUCAGCUUUUUCCCAUAAUGCUUUGAUGCUGUGUGAGGAGUUACUUCUUGUAAUGUUUAAAACUGAUUAGCUGUCAAUAAAGGCAGGCAAAUGACAAUGUCUUGUUUUGUAGAUGCAUUUUUAAUGAACAGCCGCUGUUAGUAAUAUACUCUGUGAGAAAUACAUUGCAUUUUCAGACUGUUUCUCAAUAAAAGUGCCCCAUGUUUCACUAGUUGAACACUUAAUGUGAAGUAGCAACAGUCCGAUUAACAUUAACACAGCUGCAAUAUUGCAUUAGAAUGAACAGGAAAAAACAGGAUCUGGCUUUAUAGAAUUUUGAGGAUUAUAACUUUAAACUGAAGCCCAAAUUAUGAAUGUCCUAAAUCGUCUUGCUACUCACAACUGCUAGCAUUGCCCAGAAAUGCAAUAUGUAUACAUGUCUUUCUAUAGUUGUGAGGACCCUCUUUGACACAGUGCUGAACUGACAUUUGUCCACACAAUGGUAGAAAGACAUUCACAACCACACGCACGCAUACACAACUGCACUGUAUAUUUAUUCCUCCACAACAGUCAUUCUUCAUAUCCACUAGAACCAAACACCACACACUUACUGUCAGUGUGCCACAAAUGUUUUAUUAUUGUACAUUUGAAACUACUGAAAUUUGGGGACUGGAAAAGAUUUGGGGAAAACACAUGCAAAGUACUUAGAUACCCUUGUAGGCACGGUACUAAUUGUUCAAUACACAGUCUUAAAAUGAUUGAUUACAACAAGGCUGUCACUCACUGAGGAUCCAGGGUGAAACACAGUGUACAACAGACCACAGCAGUGUUUUGCAUGUUUACUACAAACCAUUUGCCAAAGCAAUCUGUAAUGUUUUAGAUUUUGAAAAAUCUUGGUGCCAUCUUCCAGGCAGCCACUAGUUUUUUUUUUUUUUAUUUCAUGGUGGUAUCAUAAGCAGUUAGGGUUAGGGUUAGCUAACUUGCUAUUCUUGGUAUUUGUAUAAACAUUUCACUGUCAAAAUCAUAGUAUUGUAUAGCAAAGCUGAGCAGAUUUUUCAAACCAGUUUACCAUUAUAGAUGCAAAUUUACUUAACUCAUAUUGUGUGGGAAUGAAUAGAAGCCAGUGUAAACAUGGAAGGAGGAACACUUAAAGGAACAGUUGAACAUUUUGGGAAUGGCACUUCCUGACUUUCUUUGCAAGAGGUUCACAAGAAGAUUCAACAUCAAUCUCAUAUUGUUAUAUUAAGUGUGGAGUUGAAGUCAGAACAUGUUUAACUUAUCUUAGCAUAAAGACUGGCAACAGAGGAACCCAGCUAGCCUGGCUUUGUCCAAAACUCAAAAAUUCACCUCUAAUGUUCAGUAAUUCAUUAUCUUGUUUGUUUCAUCUGUACACACAGAAAUGGAAAGAAAACAUAUAAACUAACAAUUUGUACUCUUAGGAACUAUUUCUUGAUGGACAUCAGUUUACCCCUUUAGCCACUGCUUCCGAGCAGCAUCUCAUGUGCCAUGUAAAAUGGACACAACACACAUGAACACUGACGUAGGCCUUAGUGACACAUUCUCAGGUGCUGCGUUUUUAGCUGAGAUCAGCUGAUUGUGUUUUUAACCCUUUAAUUUGGUCUUCUCAACACAACUCCAGGCCUAUGAAUAAUAUAUGCUGUAUACUACAAAUCAAUUUUAGUAGUAUUCAGAAUGUUAAUAUCAAUAACUACUGCAUGGGUUUUCUGAAUACUUCUCAUAAUAAAGGUACUUUAAUAUGCCACUAAUUAAUGUUAUGUGCCAAAUCUUAACCUGAACUGUCAACAACUGGGGCUGAAGAGCUGGAAACUAAAUGUAACUUUUGGUGGUGUCUAUAGAAAA